GGGCUGACGCAUGAGGCGCACCGGAAGGAGGUGGAGCAGGUUUACCUGCGCUGCUCGGAGGGCGCCGUGGAAUGGAUGUACCCAACAGGGGCACUCAUCGUCAACCUCCGCCCCAACACCUUUACCCCCUCCAAGCACCUGACUGUGUGCAUCAAGCCAGCUGCCGGUGCCUCAGGGGCCAACAUCUACCUGGAGAAGACGGGUGCCCUGCGGCUGCUGGUGCAGGACAGCGAGCAGGGCCCCCACAGGGUGUGCUGCUUCGGCCUUGACCAGGGAGCCCUCUUUGUGGAGGCCACGCCCCAGCAGGACAUCAGCCGCCGGACCACCGGCUUCCAGUACGAGCUGCUGCACCGGCGCUCCAGCUCAGACCUGUUCCCGCUCUCCGCCCCGUGCCGCCCCUGCAGCGACACCGAGGUGCUCCUGGCUGUGUGCACCAGCGACUUCGUCGUCCGAGGCUCCAUCCAGGAUGUCACCCAUGAGCCAAAGCAGCAGGAGUCAGCGAUCCACCUGCAGGUGAGCAGGCUGUACCGGCAGAAGAGCAGGAUUUUCCGGCCGGACCCUGCGGGUGGUGGACACUGGCGGGGCCAUAUCAAGACUCUGCUCGAGUGUGGUGUGCGGCCUGGGCACGGGGACUUCCUCUUCACUGGCCAGAUGCACUUUGGGGAGGCCCGACUUGGCUGUGCCCCACGGUUCCAAGACUUUCAGAGGGCAUAUCGGGACGCUGAGGCCAAGGGACUGAACCCGUGUGAGAUUGGCAUGGAGUGAGAGCUUCUGGGCCACGCUGCCCACCACACACCACUGACCACGGAAGCCCCCGAGUCCCGGGCAGCUGCCCAGCAGGGAUGCCCGUGAGGACACCUGUGGGGACCUCCUCUGGGGGUGUCCAGCGAGCCACUUGGUGUGGACGCCCCAGGGACAUCGGCCUGGCCUGGUGCCCGGGCUUAUGGAGGAGCUCCGAGAGCUGGCAGAGCAUGCCGGGACUGUAAAUGCUGUAAAUGCUAACUAAGUUAUUAUAUUUUAAGGACGUGGCGUGGGGACACUCUGUGUCAGACUGCUGCUGUGCCGGCCGGGUGCAGGGUCGGCCGAGCAGGCUCAAGAUGGUCCCGUGGGCGCGGUGGGAGCCCAGGCCCCACGCGAGGGUGUUUCUGUGACAGAAACGUACACAGCCAAAUACGUGUGUUUUGUUCUAAAGAACGUUCUGUGCCACCACUUGGGCUGGCAGUCAUGUCUGUUCCAGAGAAAUUAAAGCCCUGACUGGA